UAGUAAAUGUAUCGCGAAUACAGUGCAGAGUGUGCUGAGCAAUAUGGUGCACAAGGCAAGUGGAGAGGUUUGAAACAUAAGAAAAUGUCAAUCAUUUUUUCGUGCCAGUAAAUUUGUCGAUUUUUAGUGGAUUGUGUUAUUAACUACCGGUACAAAAUGGACACGGAUACUGUCCCGGAUGUCCCCAAUGACAACCCGGAAACAUACUGCAGGCUGUGUUUUUCUGGCUUCUAUGUGGAACCCUUGUUUCCAGUGGAUUCCGAACCAAAACAAAGCCUCAUUGAUCUCAUCAGUAGACAUGUUGAUAUUCACAUUACACCUGAUUCGGAUUUUCCCUGUUCGGUUUGUCGAAUGUGUCAAAUGACGCUGGAGGGCUUUGCCAAAUAUCGCGACCGCUGCCAUCAACUGGACGAGGUUUUGCAGCGCAAGCGGAUGGAGAUGAUGCAGAUUCGGGUGAAGGUCGAACAUCAGGAAGAAUUGACGCAAAAUGCAGUUGGGUUUGAGCAGGAUACGAUUUACUGUUUGAGCGAUACGGACGACGAAGAGAUUGACGAGGAACAUAUGCCGUUGGAAGAAGAACAACCGGAAGAGGAGGAUGAUGAAGUGAUCGACGAGGAAGUGGAAGAAGAACUCAUAAAAGGUGACAUUCUGAUCAAAUCGGAACCGUACACGGAGGACGAGUAUGGUGGACAUCAGCAAACUGCGCCAAUGGAAGGGAAGGAUGUAGUUGUUCUGGACUCGGAAGAAGAUGAACAAUCGAUGGAAGCGUCGACCCGAGCUAGUAGUGAGGCACACGGAGAAGAACCUGUCAAAGACGAACCAACGAGACCGUUGCCAUUCGAAGUGACGUCCGAUGGAGCGUAUCGUUGCACACUUUGCCAGGAAACAUUCCGAUUGAUGAAGGAAAUUAAGGGUCAUAUUCGCAAAGAUCAUCCACAAGAGUCGCAGAUAUAUUCUUGUCGCUUUUGUCAGAAGAAAUUUUCCGAUACUGGUUCUUUGCGUGUUCACACUCGAUUUCACACAAUGGACUUUCCGUUCUCUUGCGAUGAUUGUGGCGCUAAGUUUACAAUGAAACAACGGUUGGACAAACAUGUGUCCCGUUAUCACGAUAAGGAAUCACCCAGCUAUACAGAUAAGCGCUUCACAUGUACCCUUUGUCCUCGUAUUUUUCUCCAGGAGCAAGCACGGAACAUGCACAUUAUUCACUUCCAUGAUGUUAAACCGGUUGAUGCUUCGGUGGAACCUAGUUUACCGGUAGAACAGGUGUUCUACUGUGAAGCUUGUCAGCAAGAGAUCGAAACGUGUCUUGAACAUUUGAAGGAACGCCAUCCCGGGGCGGGUAAGGAAGGUGCCGAACCGAAACCGAAAAUCUCCAAACGGUAUAAAUGUACUGAUUGUCCCAAAUUGUUCCGCCAUCGGACUGCCUACCGGUCCCAUGUAAUGAUCAAUCACGGAACGAUGCCGCACAAGUGUGACAUAUGCGGAAGUAGUUUCGAGAGGCGGGCCAAACUAGUACACCACAAAGAGCGUUGGCACGGUGAGAAUGCCAAAAAUAAAGUCCUGGAACGGUACAAAUGCGAUCAUUGCGAUCGGUUCUUCGUUAGGAAUCAAGAUCGAUUUAGACAUGAGCAGAUAAUUCACAGCAUAGCUUCACCGGCUAAACUGCCAACGGUUUGGGAGGGUAGAAAGAGCAAUUUCCCUUGUGCCAAGUGCGAUCGAAAGUUCCCGACAAUGAAGACAAUGAGAAUACAUUUUGCAUUGAAACAUCCGGAAGUCCCGGUCAGAUUCAAGUGUACGGUCUGUAACAAGCUGUUCAAACACAAAACUUCCCUGCGAGACCACAUGGCUAAUCAUACCGGACAGCAACCGUAUGGAUGUGUCCAUUGUGAGGAGCGAUUUAUCCGGAAGAAGGAUAUGGAACGUCAUCUGGAAGACAUGCACGGAGCGGAGGGAGGAACGGGAAGCGCGGAACAGAAGGAACGUUUCGCUUGCAUGUACUGUCCGCGAACAUUGCUAUCGAAAACGGCACGUUAUUUGCACAUCAAACACAACCACGCCGACAAAGAACCGAUCGCAAAGCAAGUUCUACUUUCGUUGCCCGAUUCGCUUACCUGUAGCCACUGCAAGAAAUCCUUCACCAGCCGAAACACCUUAAAGUUGCAUGUCCUCAAUCAUCUGGGAAAGCUGCCGCAUCAGUGCGAUACGUGCGAUGCCGGAUUCUACAAGCCAGCCGAUUUGCUGAAGCACAAGCAACGCUACCACUCCGCAGGAUCAUCCAUGAGUUUGGCCAAUCGCUUCAAGUGUGCCUAUUGUCCACGUAUCUUCAUUCGCAAAUCGGCUCGGCGCUAUCAUCACACAGUUUUCCACGGUAUGGAAUCGAAGAAGAAUGUCGCACCACCGUCCUCUCGCCCCACCCGUACCGUUCGCAAACGUAUCAAAAUGGAUCCGGACAUGGAACAUCCGUGCGCUCUAUGUACACUGGUAUUCGUCACUACCAGCAUGCUGCAGGCCCAUCAUCAGCAGCAGCAUCCCGAGCAAGAUUUCUUCUACAAGUGUCCCCAUUGUCCGAAACGAACGGUGCACCGUAACUCCUAUCUAUCGCACAUCAAGGUUCAUAUCGGCGGAUACCGGCAUCCAUGCGACGAGUGCAACGCUCAGUUCGAUCGAAAAGUAGCUCUCGUGAACCACAAGAGACGCUACCACGGUGAAGCCGCCAAAAGCAAUCAACGUUUCUACUGCACCUUGUGCAACAGGGAGUUCGUCCGUAAUCAAGAUCGGGUUCGUCAUCAAAUUGCCGUACACAACUACCGGGUGCAGGGUAGCAACGCCACCCCAAGUCCAGGUCCGUCAAAACCAGCAGCAUCAUCUUCGAAAAAGCUCAAGCUAAAAGUGAAACAAGAAAAGAUCACAGCGGAUAACACCAGUCUGGUAGAACCCAUGGUGGAACCCAACCAGUCUAGCGAGAUCAGCCAGUCUAGUGAGUUCAACACCUCGGGCAGUAACGUGAUCAAGAAGAAGGGAUUUUUUGUCGAUAGUGACGUCGAAGAUUACGGUGACCCAGACGACGACACUGACGGAAUACCAGAUCAACCGAACGAUGGAACCGAAGCAAUGACCGACCAGGUAAGUGGGGAGGGAUCGGUACCGACAAUUUCUAGCGUUGUGUCCAUUAAGCAAGAGGCAAUUGCGUCGCGAAAGGGAUUUAGCGAGUAUCCAGCAGAGUUUUAACCCGACACCCCGGUAGAUUUUAGGUUGCAAACGAAGCAAGAUGCAUUUAUUCAGAAUAAAGUAUUGCGAAUUUGAGAAA